UUACAACAUGUAUUCCAGGACCUCUGCCACUGUAUACUUCCGUCCUAAUAUAAUUGGCAUUUAUAACCGCAACCCGUAGGGCAAAAACCGCUAUCAGUAGACCUCAUCAACUCUGUUUGUCAAGAUGCUAGAGCCCAGCAAAAAUCGCGCGAAUGACGAAAAACAGAGGCGUAACACUGGAUUGGAGAAGGGUUUGAUCUCUGCUGUUACCUUAGUGUCCGUUGUUGCUGUAGUGUUUUUGAUACUCUUCGUCACCAAGAAAUGUUCAUCAGAAGAAGAAUGCACGGACAAAAACUGCGUCAAGGCCGCCGCGGAACUGCUAGAAUUCGUCGAUCUCAAGAAGGACCCCUGCAACGACUUCUACCACUACGUCUGCGGUCAUUACAUAAAAGAAGCGGUCAAAAACGACGCCCCAACACCGAUUCUUCAGAUAUCGAAACAGGUGGAAAACGAGAAGAAGGCAAUCAUCGUCGAUCCUAUCUUGAAGAAGGAUUCUAAGUCGAACGUUGCCAUGAAGAAAUUCUACCAGGCCUGCAUGAACGAAACAAGGAUAGACGCGGAUAAAGACGCCAAUUUUUGGGAAGCCAUAAACGAGUUGGGUGGUUGGCCUUUGGUGAAUGGGUCUGAUUGGGAAGGUUCUUCUUUCGACUGGGUGGACUGGCACAUCAAGUCUGUCAAAUUGGGGGUUCCUGUCAUUGGUUUCUUCGACUUCAAGCCUGCCACUGUUUCUGAAAACACUACCAUUUUAAGGAUUACCAAAUCUGCCAUUGCUCGUGUUUCUUUGAGCAGAUACGAAUAUCGUUCUUUACUCGGAGAUAUCAUGAAGGCAUUCAACGCUACUGGUGGUUCCCACGAAGAUAUAUCUGAAGCAUACGAAUUUUGGAAGAACGUGAAGAAGUUGGCAGACGAUUUCAAGGAGGACGACGAUGAUGAGGCGGACAUCUCAACGGUUGAAGAUUUAUAUCGGGAAUGUCAACACGUACCUUGGAUAAAACUCCUGAAUGGCCUGUCCGACGGAGUCAGAGAAUUCCAGAAUGACACCGAGAUCGUGUUUGGAUCUAUAGGAAACUAUUGCGAGAAACUACAGAAGUUACUGAGGGAUACAUCUACACGGAUAAUAGCUAAUUAUUACGUGUGGACUAUAAUCCACAAUUCUCAUCAUUUCAUGAGCAAAAAGGUGCGAGAAGCCUACGAAAAUCUGGAAGACGAGAGCGAGGAAAGAUACAAAAAAUGUUUCGAUUUGACCGAUGAAAGUUUCUUAUAUCUGAAAGAGACAAUAUACAUAAGGCGGAAGACGAAUCCUCAGGUGAGGCAACAACUGGAUGAACUGGUGGAAAUUAUGAAAACCAUUUUUAUCGAACACAUCAAAACGUGUACUUGGAUGGACGAAGACACUAAAAAGCUGGGUAUUAAGAAAACGUUACUGCUUAAAAAAGUUAUUGGAGCCGAUGAUAUCCUGUACGACGUCGACAAGUUCGAUAAAAUUCUUGGUGUAAAUGAGCUCGAAUUUUCUUCAGAUGUUCCUUACCAAGUCUACAGGGAAAAGAGGAUCAGAGAGAAUAAACACGUUUGGGAAACCGUGUACGAAGAGACACAAGACGAAUGGAAAGUUUUCUUCAACCUGAUGGAUGGUGUCAACGCUUUCUUUUCACCUUCACGAAACACCAUGGUUAUACCAGCGCCUAUUUUAACUUCCAUUUACUUCAACUACAAACUACCAGCCUUCAUGAAUUACGGAUCUAUUGGCAGGGUGGUAGCUCAUGAGAUGCAACAUGGCUUUGGAGAAGAUGGUCGUAGGGUAAUCUUGGAGGACGACCAUCAGAUAGACUGGUGGUCCAACGCGACGGCUGAGGCUUUUAAUGAAACCAAACAAUGCGUCAUAGAAGAGUAUGAAAGGAUUCCUUUCACGUAUAAGUUAAAUGGCACUCUUACCCUGGAAGAGAACUUGGCAGACAUUGUUGGAAUAGACGUCGCUUAUGAAGCUUAUAAUGAGUGGGUGAAGAAAUACGGAGAAGAGAAAAAACUGCCAGGGAUACCUUUGACACCCAAACAAAUAUUCUGGAUACAAACUGGCACCUCACUGUGUUUCAGAAAACUGGACGAUGACAGCAUAGAUUUGAACCUGCCAGAUGACCAUCCCAUACCCUCGUUCAGGGUUACUGCAGGUGCAAGGAAUUCUAGAUACUUCGCGAAAGAUUUCGAUUGUCCCGUAGGAUCUUUCAUGAACCCUAAGGAAAAAUGCAGAAUUCUAUGAAAUCAUCGUCUUCUAGUUGAAGCAAGAAGUAUAUCGAAUCAAUUUUAUUGUUGAUCUCUGCUGAAGGAGAGCGAAAUUGUACAAAUAAUAAUACAGUAUUGAAUGGAAUAUUCCUUUUAUUGGGAAUCGACACCUGAUGCAUUUCAAACUGUAACCUUGUUUCAACAGUAAAAUUUGUAAAUAGGAAAAA